AUGACUUUGGAUGUGACGAGCCCGUGCAUCUUCCGACACUCAACAACCACAGCGCCGAACAUCGUCGGCUUCCGGGAUACUGGUCUAGCCGGCUGUCCUCAUUCCGCUAUGGAAGACAUUGGAGAUCAGUGGGCUUCCGGUAUCCCUCCGAAACAUGCGGGGUUGAUACCCUCGCUAGAGGAUCCCAAAACCUCAAAGCUCGGCUGUCCAGUGGCUGAUAUUUCCAUCAGCUCUUGUUUCGGUCUGAACGUCACUGGCUGGGCUAUAGGCACGCGUGCGUCUCAGGACCUCGAUGCCGUGUGGAACGCGGAUCGUGGAUCAUCGCGGCUCGUUUGUCUUACCAGUGAACUACCCGUAUCACUUCGAGAUCAAGGGAAUUCACAACCACUUGCUGUUCCAGAAACUCCUCUUUCCCCUCCUUCGGCCAUGCGAUAG